AGACCUUUCCCUCCGUUUCCAAGAAUCUCCACUCAGUUUUCCUCUUCCAACACGCCAUCAAUUCCCUCAUUCCUUCAUUUCACAAUUCAAUUUUUGACUCUCUUCUUCCUUUCUUUGACGAGUCCAAAAUCCAAAUCCAAUAUUCUGACUUCUCCCCCAAAAUCCUCCUAUAAAUACACCCAAUCCUCCCCAUUCAUCUCUCCAAUCCAAACACCCCCUAACGAUAAUGACUACCAACAAUUCCCUCCUUUCCCAUCUCUCCCCACUUUUCCCUUACUUUGUCACUUUUGUUAUUUUCUUUCUAUUCCUGGAGCAGAUCUCUUACCUGAAGAAAAAACGUCUCAUUCCCGGUCCCACUUUGGUACUUCCUUUCAUCGGAAACGCCGUCGCAUUGGUUCGUGACCCCACAGCCUUCUGGGACCGCCAAUCAGCGGCCGCCAAGUCAUCCGGCCUCGGGUUCUGCGCAGACUAUGUUAUCGGAAGGUUCAUCGUCUUCAUCAGAGACACCGAGCUCUGCCACAAGAUCUUCGCCAAUGUCCGACCGGAUGCUUUUGCCCUUAUCGGACAUCCCUUCGGGAAGAAGCUUUUUGGUGAUCACAAUCUCAUCUACAUGACCGGACAAGAACACAAGGAUCUCCGCCGUAGGAUCGCCCCAAACUUUACUCCUAGAGCGCUCUCCACCUACACCGCGUUGCAGCAGAUUAUAAUCCUUGACCACCUCAAGAAAUGGGAGAGACUGUCGGCCGAAACUUCGUCGUCUUCUUCUCCUUCUCCGAUUUCUCUCCGUUUGCUGGUUCGCGAUAUGAAUCUGGAGACUUCGCAGACGGUAUUUGUUGGGCCGUACUUGGGCCAGGAGGCCCGCGAGAAGUUCAAGUCCGACUACAACUUCUUCAACGUUGGGCUGAUGAAGCUCCCGAUUGAUCUCCCCGGCACUGCCUUCCGAAACGCGCGGCUCGCCGUUAGCCGGCUAAUUGAAACUCUAACCUGCUGCGCCGAGCGGAGCCGGGAGCGAAUGGAGGGCGGCGGCCACGAGCCGACAUGCCUCGUUGACUUCUGGAUGCAGGAGACGGUGAGGGAGGAAUCGGCAGCUGCUGAAGCCGGACUCCCGAAGCCCGCUAACGUGACCGACUUUCACAUCGGCUCGUACCUCUUCGACUUCCUCUUCGCGGCUCAGGACGCUUCCACUUCGUCUCUGCUGUGGGCGGUGGCUCUGCUCGACUCGCACCCCGAGGUGCUCCGGAAAGUUCGGGAAGAGGUCGCCUCCGUUUGGUCGCCGGAAUCGGAUUCGCUGAUCACGGCGGAGAUGCUGGCGAGCAUGAAGUACACGCAGGCGGUAGCGCGUGAGGUGAUCCGGUACCGCGCGCCGGCGACUCUGGUUCCACACAUCGCGGCGGUCGAUUUUCCUCUCACCGAAUCUUACACGGUUCCCAAGGGCGCCAUUGUGUUCCCCUCGACCUACGAGUCGUGCCUGCAAGGGUUCAGUGAGCCGGACCGGUUCGAUCCAGACCGAUUCUCGGACGAGAGGCGGGAAGACCGGGUUUACAAGAGGAAUUACCUGGCGUUCGGCGCUGGUGCUCACCAGUGCGUCGGACAGAGGUACGCUCUCAACCACCUCGUACUGUUCAUCGCGAUGUUCACGACGCUUCUGGAUUUCGAGAGGCACAGAACGAACGGCUGCGAUGAUAUCGUCUAUGUCCCCACCAUCUGUCCAAAGGACGAUUGCAAGGUUUUCCUCCGCCGGCGGUGCAGCCGGUGGCCGGAGCUCUCUUCGCCAUGAUCGGAGUCGAAAGUUAACGUUCUUACCACACUCUCUCUGUAAAGACGGCAAAAAAAAGUGCAUAGAAGAAAAAUGAGGAGGGGUAGGGGUUGUAGUUUCCCGAGCUUGUGAAGGGUAAAAUGGUCAUUUCGUUCUGUUCGCGUUUUUUAUUCAAAAGGUGUGCAUAAUACACAGCUAGGAUUCUUUGGGGAGUUUGUGUUGGCUCAUUGUUUUGGCGGAUGAUUUAUGAUGGGUGUGCUGUGGUGGAACCAAAUAAAUUGGAUAUAUUAAAAAAAAUUGUGUAAUGUGUGUGUGUGUGUGGUUUUUUUUUUUUGUGGUGUCACUUUUUUCUUUUGAAAAAAAUAUUAUUUGAAUUUUGCUUUUUACGGUUGACGUCCUCGUGGCGUCAAUUAACGGGCUGUAUAUGCAUACGUUGUCGGUUACAGGUGGCAGCAACAAAAAGGGCAAAGUGCAAUUAUUGGAGAUUCAGAAAUCUUACAA